CAGUAGUUAGAAUUCAACUAUAAAUUUUAAGAAAAAUUCACGAACGGUAGAUUGCACAAGACACUGCGAAUGUCUAGCUAUACGUGAUUAUUUAGUUGAUAACAUCGGAUAAAACACUUUUUAAUCACAUUAUUUUGACUUCGGUGUUACCGGAAUAUCCGUGGACUGUAUGAUGAAUGAAAGCGCCAAAGGCGACGAUGCAUCGAACACUUCAAGCUCAAGCAGCAAUGUGGAAUCAGCCCGACACAGCGAGAGUGCGCACAAAACAGGAUGUUGCGCUAAGCUGAAGCACGGAUAUGAACAGGUGCAGCUGGAGCCCGUGCUGUUCAUUCAGAAUCUCGUCUCGCAGAUGGUGUACGUCACCUCGCAGGAUCUCAUGGUGGAAAAGGCGUGCCGAGUGAACCACGAUCUGACGCCCACCGUCUGCAACGACCUGAACUCCUACGACUACACCGAUGAAGUCAUCCACGACCAGGUCUCCGAGUUUCUCAUGUGGAGGAACAUUUUCGAGACUGCCAUCAAGUUCGCAGUGGUGCUGUUCAUGGGCCCCUGGAGUGACAGAGUCGGGCGACGAGGGCCGCUGAUGCUGUGUCUGCUGAUGCUGAUGGGAGAGUCUGGCCUCAUGCUGGUCAACUCCUUCUGCCCGCAGUGGCCUCUGGAGAUGAUGCUGCUGUGCUCGGUGCCCUACGCGCUCUCAGGAGGCACUUACGGUCUGCUCAUGCUCGCGUUCGCCCACACUGCCGACACCACCGGCCGAAAAAGAAGAACUUUCCGCAUGGGUUAUUUGGAUACCUUUUGGUACUUCGGCCAGUCAAUCGGCCUGGCAGUUACGCCUUUGGUCAAAGAUGUCGCCGGCUACGCUGGAGUCUUCGGAUCUGCCAUCGUCCUUUAUAUUCUCGCAGCUGCAUACGUUUUCUUCCGGCUUCGAAAUGAAUCUCCCAAUAAGAUGGAAAUAACGCAAGGGAGCCAAGGGAAAUGCUGCGUUGCAUGCGAAACAGAGUACAUUAGCCUGAGCGUCUCGGCCGUCAUGCGCAAGCGUCCGGACAAUGCGCGGUCCCUCAUCCUCGUCCUGAUACUCAUCAUGAUGCUCGACUCGCUUGCCUCGUCAGGAGCCAUGAACGUGAGGUAUCUGUUCGUGCUGCGAGCCGUGGAUUGGACGAGCGCCCAGUACAGCUACUGGAGCUCCGGCACCUCCUUCCUCUCGGUCGUGGGUGGGUUUGUACUGGUGCCGCUGGUGACGCUAGUUUGCACGUUGCCGGACCAGCUCGUGGGAGUCGCGGGCUCUGUGUCUCGCAUGGCCGCGAGUCUCAGCUAUGCUACCAUCAACAGCGCCAGUGAAGCUUGGCUUCUUUACCUCGGUUCAGUGGUCGGAUGCUUCUCUGUGCUGGCUCCCGUGGCUGUGCGCUCCUGUCUCUCCAAGCUUGCCCCUGCAGACAUCGGCUCAGUGUUCGCUGUGAUGGCAGCCUGCGAGUCCCUAGUUCCUUUCCUCAGUGCGCCCAUUUACCGCGCCCUCUACAACGCAACUAAUACGCUCCAUCCUGGCUACUACAAUUUCUUCUCGACAGGAGUUUAUUUGGUUAUGAUUUUGCUUUUUGGGUGGUUGUUGAAGUCCGUGGAUCUCGCAAGGCCUGAGACCUAGAGCGAUGACGCUGCUGCAUAUAACCGAUAUCGGCUGGCAGAAUCGAAUAAUCAUGCAAUCCCGCUUUCAAAUUUGAACUGCGUCAUCGCCAAAAAAUUUUAAAUGUACUGGAGAAAUUGGGAUCUCGGAAUUCGUAAGGCAAUUGGAUUGAAUUGAUUUACAUGCUUCAAAUUUAAUAAUUGGACGGAAACUAACGACUGAUUUGAGCAAUAUUUUUGCAAUUAAACUGAAAUUAUCACGAUGGAACUUUAUUCCAUUGAUUGAAACGUGCUCACUCUAUAAUUUUUAUUUUAGUCGGUGAUUGGCAGUCGAGAAACUCAACUUAUAACCAGUGUAGGGCUUAAUUAAGAAGACGAAACAUAUUGCAUGUUAUUUAAAUAUAUGGUGACAAUGCAUUUUUUGGUAUUUAAUAACUUUGUAAUAUAAUUUAGAAUUAUUGUUCCCUCUGAAGGUGCAGAAUAAGAUGGAAUUUUUUAUUCAUGAAGUUAUAACAGCAAACUACUUUAUAACCUUCAUGAAAAUCAGCAUUCUUAGAAGUCUUUCGGAUAAUCAGAAUCAAACGGGUGUUAGCAAGGUUUUUGGACAAGCAGGAACUCUAAACUUGGUUUAACGAUUGGUGGUUGCGAUUCAGUCAUGCUGCGGUCGAGGCUCAUUUAGGAAUGAAAGGUUUUCUCUAAUUCUGAGUGAAUCACGUUAAAAUUUUGAAAUUAUGAAUCUGCUGACAUGUAGUUCCGAACAUAAGAUUCAAUCAAUUCUUAAUAUGGAUUGAUAGACAUUAUCUGAAAUUUUCCUGCUUCCUAUGAACUUUUUUCUGUCAGUCGUUGCUGAAUGAACAACUUCCGUUGAUAACACUCAGCCAGCCUUGAUAUUAUCAACUUCUCAGCAGAGCGGCUGCUACUGCCGUUGUCGCAAAAACUUUCGUAUAGAAUCUCCAGAAAGAGCAAUAUUGUGAUAGGAGUCUUGGAGUAGUCUUGGUAUUAAAGGUAUGUGACUUGUGUGAAUUUCAAAUGAACUUGUGGCUCUCAUGUAAAACAUGUCACACACUGUUGCAAGUCUGAAAUGUACGACUUGAUUAGAUAGCUUUUACCGAGCAAGCUAAAAUUUCGACCCAACUUUGUGGAGUAAAUAGCUCUAAAUAUCAAUUACUGUAGACACCUUAUUUAUGUAUUUUGGAUUGAAUAUUUUCGUACGCUCUUGGGACAAAAUUCGGUUAAUAUUUUUUAAUUUUCACAUUUCAAUAUCAUCAUUUUUAGGUAACAUUU